GGUACCGUGGGGCUAUAGGGGGAUGCGGGGCCACACGGACUCUGGCGAGGGAACACGUGUGCAUGCAACAUGCACACAUUCUGGCUCCGCCUACGAGAACCGCCGGGUGGUACCUCCGCGUUCGACAGUCAGAGACCAUCUACCACCUACGGACAAUCACAACAUCCAUAGCCAAGAGAAAAAUUUCUCCUGGGACGGGACUCGAACCCGCACAGCGCACGGCGACUGAUCAGGAGACCGAAGAGUCUACUACUGCGGCC